CCCUCCUCCUCCCGCCGCGACACAAUGGACGACGCCUGGAGGUGGGACCGAGAGGGAUUUGCCUCCGACGGGGGAGGGAACCCAAGUUUCCCCCAUUUUUUGUUUUUGUUUUUUUGUUUUUGAAGGAGCCGUGGAAGCAGGAGUGAAGGUGGGGGGGAAAGGGUGUCGGAGUUCCCCGAGAAAGUAGUCUCCGAAGUGGAGAGCCGAGUGUCCACUUCCACGGCUCUCUAACGUGACAAAGUAGCUUACCUUACACCUUUUUUCUUUUUUUGGGGGGGACAAAAACAGAAGUUGGAAGAAAGAAAAGCGGUUUUCUCCGCCAAGUGUCCGUGAGUGGUGGAGUCCUCCGGCCGCUGACAGCAGCAGCCGCCCCGCAGAAGACGACCUUCCGACCGGCUCUCUCCUCGCAACCCCGGCAGCUCCGAUGGACCUGAGAUAACCUCGCCUGGCCAGUCUUCUUCUGGAGCCCAACCGGACCCAGGAUGGCAGAUCCCAGCGGCCUUAGCCCUGAGGCGGCGGGGGCCGGCGUGGUGGAGGUGGACGCCUGCAGCUUGGAGUUGGAGAGGAAGUAUGACAUCAUCCCCGCUGUCAUCUGCUCCAUGUGUUGUCUCUUUGGCAUCAUCUACUGCUUCUUUGGUUAUCGGUGUUUCAAGGCGGUGAUGUUCCUGUCGGGUCUGAUGUUUGGCUCGGUCAUCAUCUUCCUGCUGUGCCACAAGGAACACGUGCUGGACACGCAGCUGAGCGUGGAGGCCAGCGCGGGCAUCGGCCUGGGCAUCGGGCUGCUGUGCGGCCUGGUGACCAUGUUGGUGCGCAGCGUGGGCCUCUUCAUGACGGGCCUCCUGCUGGGUCUCCUGCUGGCGCUGGCCGCUCUGCUGCUGGCCCAGCACUUCUACACGCCCGCCACCUUGUGGGUGCCCCUGGGGGCGCUGCUGGGCUCCGGCAUGCUGUUCGCCGUGCUCACCCUGCAGUGGCAGAAGCUCUUCACGGUGGUCUCCACGGCGGUCUUCGGCGCCGCCAUCAUGACGGUGUGCGCCGACUACUUCGUGGAGAUGCUGGCGUUGGCCACGCACGCGUACCAGUGCCUGCGCCUCACCCCCGGCCCGCCUCUCUGCUGGUACAGCUGGGUCAUCCUGGGCAUCUGGCCCGCCCUCAGCCUGGUGGGGGUCCUGAUGCAGUGGAAACUGACGCAAGACAGCUUCUCCCACACGGAGGUUGUGUUGAGUCGGCGCCAGAAGAGAGUGCAGCUGAUGCGCAUCCGCCAGAAGGAGGGCAAGAAGCGGCAGCAGGCAGGUGGGCAGGAAGGCACGUACCGCCGUAAAGCCACGCCACUCAAACCUUACGCUGGGGACCUUCUGGCACCGAGCUACCUCCAAAGUCUCCGGGACAGACAAAUGAGCACCAGCACGUCCCUUAGCAGCCAGAGCACGUCCAACCAGACCGCCGUGGACCUGGACUGCGACAGCGCCUCCACCGUGCCUCUCACCGCCGCCGCCAGGUCCAUGGUCCACGUCUGAGAGCCGCUUUCAAAACCCAGGUCAGGGACAACGGUCUCGGUGAAGAAUACGUGAGCCACUUUCUGCCGUCCUUAGUCCACCUUGUCAGGUUUUUUCUUUUUACUGCUCGGAGGACCAUGCAUGCCAAGUUCUCCUCCAGCAGGACUGGGAUUCUGUGGAGGAGUUUUAUAAUUUAUUGGUCACACCUGGUAGUGAUGAGGACUGUAAAUACAUGAAGGAAAUCUGCCUUCCCAACUCUCUCACUGCUGCCUGCUCACUCGGGCAAGAAGGACUUCCUAUUCUGGACUUGAAGUUUUGUUCUUCUCGCUCACCCGAGGCAGGACAAAACCUUUCAUGAGCCACACUUUUCUCUCUUCUUUGGCUUCAUUGUGCACAAAAACAGACAUAUUUCUCCCAUGGAGCGCACUUUUCUCACACUUUUAGCUCAUUUUCAUGCCUUCCUAGUUGACCCUAAAUGUUAGCACUCAACUUUAUUCUUAAAUCUACAAAAGCCUAAAGCAGUCAAGUUGUGUAAAUGCUAAAUAAAAAGAGAAUACAACAAA